AUGCACGAUGCUCAUUCCAAUUUUCCAUCAAUCCACCACAUCAAAACCUUGAAGAUUAUUGUGAUUCUGGCAGGGAGUAAAGAUAUGGCAUUACGCGGCCACGUCCUGUACUUUGACUUCUUUGUCAGUCUUAUGGGUGUUGCCGACUUCAGUGAACGUUGCCACAUCACAGCCCUUGAGGGUAUCGUCAAGGUAGCUGCGCAUAUCAUGUCCCCAUGUAAUCCAGGGGGUUCUUUGGGCAACACAAUUGGAUUGCUUGAUCUUGGGGCUUGGACCGCAGCUUAUAAGCAAGCUCAAGCUUUCAUCGCCGGACUUUCCAAUGAAGACAAACUUAGCUUGAUCACCGGCAGCGAUGUCAAAUCAGCAAACUGGACCUCUCUUGUAUUUUUAGAUGGAACUCAAGGCCCACAAGGAUACGAAUAUGUUACUGGUUGGUCAGAAACAUCUGCACUUGCGCAUUCUUGGGAUAAAACCAUGAUGUGGAAUCAGUUUAAAGGAAUUGCCGCCGAAUUCUACAACAAAGGUGUACAGGUUACGAACGCUCCAACGUCUCAGCCUCUUGGUCGAACUCCUUGGGGUGGUCGUCUUGUCGAAACUAUGGGACAAGAUAGUUACCUCAAUGGUAUUAUGUUUGGACUUGGUGUUAAAGCCUUCACAGAAACUGGAAUCAUUUCCGGAGGCAAGCAUUUCCUUCUCAAUGAGCAAGAAACCAAUCGACAAUCAGGCAAAAGUGGUAUCGCUCCAUACACGUCCAAUGCUGAUGAUAAAACCCUUCAUGAGACAUACCUCGCACCAUUCUAUGAUGGUGUUAAGAACGGAUUGGGUGCUGUCAUGUGCGCCAUGACCCAAGUCAAUGGCACACUCUCCUGCGAAAACUCAGAUCUUUUAAUGCAUUAUCUAAAGACCGAGCUAGGAUUCCCAGGACUUGUAUACCCUGAUGUAAGUGGCCAAUCAACUGCUUUUGGUUCAGCAAAUGGAGGUCUUGACUAUGGAAGUUCGAGAAUCUGGAGUAACUCCUCUAUUACGACUGGUCUCUCUAACGGCACUCUGUCGCAAGCACGACUUGACGAUAUGGCCAUACGAAAUGUCAUAGGAUACUACUAUGUCAACCUCAACAACGGCAGCCAGCCUUCUUACGUCUCAUCUUCAGCAUACCGUGAUGUUCGGGCCAAUCACGGUACUAUUGUGAGAGAAAAUGGUGCGGCUUCCUUGGUUCUACUCAAAAAUACCAAUAAUGCUUUACCCCUUUCGAAGCCAUUAAGCAUGGCCGUCUUCGGUUCACACGCUGGACCCGCCAUGGCUGGACCAAACUACGCUUUUACUAUCGAUAACACUGAAAUGACAUACCAGGGACAUCUUGCUGGUGGUUCUGGUUCUGGUCAGACUUCUUUCCCUUACCUCAUUACUCCUCAACAUGCUCUCACCAUUCAAGCCAAAGAGGAUGGCACUAUGAUACGUUGGAUCUUAAACAACACCUAUACUAGUACGAUCUCCGGAGGCUUUGGAAGUUUUACCAAGAGACAGGAAAUAGUAGACUUUGGUGGAAAUGGAACUGCUCCAACGCGGGGUAAGAAUGGGACCACAGGCUUCGGUGGCGGUGGCGGGUUCCCUGGACUCAGCGGUGGAACUGCCCUCACUCAAGAUAUUUCUAGCUAUGCUUCUGAUGCAGAAGUAUGCCUCGUAUUCUUGAAUGCAUUCUCCGGCGAAGGCGCUGAUCGCACCGAACUCCGAAACACCGAACAAGAUUCCCUUGUCACUUCUGUCGCAGCCGAAUGCAACAACACAAUCGUCAUAAUCAAUACCGUCGGUGCCCGACUCGUUGACACUUGGAUCGAGAACGAAAACGUCACAGCCGUUGUCUAUGGUGGACUUCUCGGUCAAGAGUCCGGUGAUUCCAUCGUCGAUGUUCUUUACGGAAAUGUCAACCCAUCAGGCCGUUUAUCCCACACCAUCGCCAAAAAUGAAUCAGACUACAAUGUAGAAAUCUGCACAACCCACGUUUGCAACUUUACCGAGGGUAACUAUAUCGAUUACAAAUACUUUGACGCGUAUAAUGUUACACCCAGAUUUGAAUUCGGAUUCGGUUUAAGUUAUACCAAUUUCACUUACUCGAAUCUCGGAGUCGAAAUUAUCAAUUCCACCGCCCUGGCUUCCACAUACCCUACUGGUAUCUUAUCCGUAGGAGGAAAAGAAGAUCUCUGGACAGAGGUCGUAUCCGUCAAUGUCACCAUAUCCAAUUCCGGCUCAGUAGCAGGAAAUGAGAUUGCACAAUUGUAUUUAGAGUUCCCAGUUGAGGCAGAUGAACCCGUUAGACAAUUGAGAGGAUUUGAAAAGACGAGUUUGUUGGCGGCGGGUGAUUCAGAGACGUUAGGGUUUAAGCUUCGGAGAAGAGAUUUGAGUGUUUGGGAUACGGUAGCCCAGGAUUGGAUGGUGGUUAGGGGCACUUAUGUUGUGAAUGUUGGGGCGAGUUCGAGGGAUUUGAGGGUCGUGGGGAAUGUUGUUGUGGUUUAG